AUGUCAAACGUUGAUUACAAUGCUCCCGUUCCAUUACAACCAAAAAUUUCAUGUCAUCCUGAAUAUAUUAGAUCAAUACCAGGCGUUUUUAAAUUGAUUGAAAUUGUAUGUGAUGUACUGGCAUUGAUUCUUGGAGGAGUGGAAAUGUUUUGGUGCGCAUUCAUAGCAUUGCUUUAUUUAAUUGCAAGUAUUAUUGUGGCAACACUGGCAAAAUACCAUGGUGUAUACGGUGCAGCAGCAUUUUUCGGUUUUGCAGCAUUUAUAACAUAUGUAUUUGAUGGUUUAAAUAAUUUUCGUAUGUAUCGUUUUGGUACAACUGUGGAGCGAAACUAUGGAAAUACAACCGUUACACAACAGACAACGACAACUACUCGACAAGAAACAUAUUAA